CGCGCUCGGGAAAGCUGGGGCGAGCAGGCUCCAGGAGUGACGGAGCGCUCGGAGUCGGUGCUGCGGGAAACUGGAACUUACAAAUCGUGUGCUGGAGAGGCCGUCUGUAAACAGCCUGUAAACGGGAGGAGAGGACCGAGGACUGCUGUAGCGUCUCUGGAGCCCAGGACAGGAAAAGUUAAGAUGUGUUUGCAUUGAUCAGUUUUUGCUGAGAAUGCUUCCGAAACUUUUCACCUUCUGCUCGUCUUCCUCCUGCUGACAUCAGCCUUGCACUGUCUGAUCAACGAGGCAGUGAUGGCGGACCUCGCAGUCGCCCCGGGUCAGCCGUACAUCGAGGUGGAGUAUGACUACGAGUACAAGUUCAAAGACCGCAUGAUCACCAUCAAGCAGGGGGAGUGUUACCUGCUGGUGAAAAAGACUAAUGAAGACUGGUGGCAGGUGCGCAAGGAAGAGGGCAGCAAAGCCUUCUACGUCCCUGCCCAGUAUGUACGCGAAGUACGACGGGCACUGAUGCCACCCCCCAAACCUCUCCCACACAGUGGCGGAGGGGUAGGAACCAGAGGCGGCUCCGUAAAGAGCCGUCCUUCUGCACUAGAGCUCAAAAAGUCUGACGAGAAUUUGAACAAAAAAACUUCUGCUCUCAUGCCCACUACUGGACCACAGGUGGCAUUGCAGCCGCCCAGAGAGGACAAGGGCAGCCCAAAAAGCCCUGUCCGUGCCGGACAGCAUAUUUCCCCAAACACCAAAUACAGCUCUCUGCCUCGAAACCGGGCCGAGUCACCCUUGGGGCUCAGAGUGCCUCUGGAUUUGGAUGGGGAGAGCGAUAGAGAGGCAGAGAAAACGGUGGAGGAAGAGAAGGAGAAGAGGAGGGAAAGAGUACGGGAUCAGAACGCUGCUGGUGGGGAAUCUCCAAGAGAGUCGUCUGAGAACAUUCGGAACGACUCUGCAGAGUCUGGGGAUGAGCUUAGCAGCAGCUCUACAGAGCAGUUACAGAGGUGUUCUGACUCACCUGUCUACACUAACCUGCAGGAUUUGAAGAUCUCGCAGUCGUCUCAGCCGCCACUGCCCUCGUCCUCUCCGCUCAGCAUACAUGGAGACUGGGAGACGCACAAAGAUCCGAACGGCCGGAUCUUCUACUACAACCGCGCCACCCAGGAGAGGGCAUGGAAGCCCCCGCGGGCACGGGACUGCAACACCAAGGAAAAACCGGACAACACAAACACAGAGCCUGAGGUUUUCUCGUCGGAGGAGAACUAUCUGAGUAGCCAAUCAGAUAGCCAGUAUGGCUCGCCCCCUAGAGGCUGGUCAGAAGAGCUUGAUGAGUAUGGACAUACGCUGUAUGUGUCUGACUAUACUAAUGAGAAGUGGAUUAAGCACACAGAUGAACAGGGGCGGCCGUAUUACUACAGUGCAGACGGCUCCAGAUCUGAGUGGGAACUUCCAAAAGUGAAUUUGAGAAAACAGAUGACUCCACCUGCCUUGAUGCCAAAGAGUGAAGAAAUGCCUAAAACACGCAGUCUGGAUCGGAGACAGCCGGCCAACAUAGUUCUGACUGAGUGGAGGCGCAGUACGUGUGUGUUAGAGCCUAAUGACAAGAUCUCUCGGCCCAAACCUCACAAUGACAAGGCACAUACAAAGUCCGUCAAAACCCGGCGAAUCUUCUCCCUGCGCAGCAAAGGUUCCAUCCGCCCUCAUCCUUAUAGGCCACAAGAACCAACAAAACCUGGCACUCCAGAUUCUGACUGCUCUGAUCCCUCCUCUCCCAAACACCCUCAUUCUCCAAGCCAAGCUGAGAAAUGUGGACCCCUGAAUGUGACCAAGAUCACUGAACACGGCAAGAAAGUCCGAAAGAACUGGACCACAUCCUGGACGGUUCUGCAGGGAUCCUCUCUUCUAUUUGCAAAGAAUCAGGGCACGGCCACCAGCUGGUUUGGGAGCCACCAGUCAAAGCCUGAGUUCAGCGUGGAUCUGAAAGGAGCAACUGUAGAGAGAGCGUCUAAGGACAAAUCCAGCAAGAAGCAUGUGCUAGAGGUGAAGACUCGGAGGGGCACAGAGAUCCUCAUUCAGUCAGACAGUGAAACGGUUAUUAAUGAGUGGUUGAAGGCGCUGGCAGAAGCAAUAAACACACAUGCCUGGGAGUCUGACGAGGCUAUUGAAGAAGACAUGCCGGAGUCUCCGGGAGCAGAGAAACAUGACAAAGAGAAAGAGCACAGAGAUUCCAAGAAGCUCAGAGCCUUGAAGAACUCCACAAGCAUGGACUCAACCGAGCAGAAGAAGACAAAGACCAAGCUGAAGAAAUUCCUCGUACGUAGACCCACUCUGCAGGCCGUCAGAGACAAGGGCUACAUCAAAGAUCAGGUGUUUGGCUCUAAUCUGAGCAGUCUCUGUCAGCGGGAGAACACCACUGUCCCUCAGUUUGUCCGGAUGUGUAUUGACCACGUAGAGAAAAACGGUUUGGAUUUGGAUGGUCUGUAUAGAGUGAGUGGAAAUCUUGCAGUUAUACAGAAGCUGAGAUUUGCUGUUAAUCACGAUGAGAAGAUUAAUUUGGAGGAUAAUAAAUGGGAGGACAUCCAUGUGACGACUGGAGCGCUGAAAAUGUUUUUCCGGGAGCUUCCAGAACCACUCUUCACCUACACACUUUUCAACGACUUCGUCAGUGCCAUCAAAAACCCGGACUAUAAGCAGAAAGUUCAGGCGGUUAAAGAUAAAGUAAAGCAGCUGCCUCGACCCAACCACGACACCAUGCAGGCGCUCUUCAAACACCUGAGAAAAGUGAUAGAUCAUGGGGAGAAGAACAGGAUGACCACGCAGAGCGUCGCUAUUGUGUUUGGCCCGACUCUUUUGCGUCCUGAGAUUGAGACAUUAAACAUGGCGGUGCACAUGGUGUACCAGAACCAAAUCGUGGAGCUCAUUCUGCUGGAGUACGAGACCAUAUUUGGCAGGUAAACCGAGCACCCAAAGCUAAAGAGCAGCUGGCCGAUCGCGAGACACUGGUCACCUGUCGCCAGUCACCGACGAAGGGAAAACAGCGGUUUCAGCAGUGCUCUGAAAAACACUCCACAUUUAUUAACAUGUAGAUAGAAAGGAUCCAUUAAGAUCAAGCCCAGCUGAUUCUGGGGAAGGAGGAGCAGCUCUCCCUUUGACUUUACUCACGUGGAAAAUUCCUCCUCAUCUUUUUUCCUUUUUUAAAUUGAACAAGAUCGAAUAUGGAUUUCCUUGAUUCUUCUAUUUUUUUUUUUUUUUUUCUGGAUGUUACCUCCUAACGUUUUUUUCGUUUUUUGGAUUACCUUUCCUGGACUGGAUUAUAUAUAUUUUUAUUUUUCCCACAUUUGGAUCAACCACAUUCUGUAACUGGACCAGCAAGGCUUUCCACGGCACGAUGGUGCCAGUUUACAGUUUACUCGCUUGAAUGAGGAGAUUAUCUCUUCAGCUUGAACUGAGAAUCUGGGUUUACUUUGAUCUAAAAAAGCUGAACUGCACCCUGGACUGGCAAUAACGUCACUAUAACAUCAUGUAUAGCUGCAAUAAUGCGAUUUGCUUCAUUUUGCUAUGAUGUCGAGUAUAGCCUGCUGUAUUUUAGAAUAUAUGGGCCAGUCCAUUAACAAAAAGCUUCCAUGUUAGUACAGUUUAACCUAGAAUAGGCCUGCCAUGAUGAUGAUACAUAUGUUGGAUGAUAUGUUGCCCCAGAAAUAAUCACGAUAAACAGGAACCUUUACUCAGUACUAAUAUUCAGACAUUCAGAAUUGGAAUAUAACUAUUUAUCAUAAUAAUUAAAUCAUAAAAUAAAAGAAAAAAAUAAAGCCACAGUUUUUAAACAAACUCGACCUGUUGGCUUAUUCACAUUAAUGUUCUUUCCUCACUAAAUAAACACAAUUACUGAGGUGAUGUAAUGUAAUCAUCAUGACAGGCCAAAUCUAGAAUUGAUCAUUAAUCUGUGAUCUCUGUGGCAUUAUUGCCUGUAUUCUUCUCAGUGUGUGAACUGUUUGAGAAAUGGCUAGAAAAGGAUGACCACUAGACUCAUCACACUGGACUAAGUGGACAGAUGAUAUCCAUGUAUUUUCUCUCAGAGACACACACACGAGCCAUUGCUGUACAAUCCAUAAAGAAAACACAACACACACAGACCUGUUGGGCUGGUAUGUUUAAUCAGACUACUUUAGAUUUUAUAUGACCCUUCAGUAUGUGAACGUUACAGAUGUGUGAGUGUGAUAAUGUGAGUAUGAUUGAGUGGCUGCUCAAAGGGAAAACACUGGAGAGAAAAAAAAACUCCUCAUCUCAUCAACAUUACCCAAUCAGCACUGAAUGUGCACAGAUCAAACCCAAUCGCAGGCCCUUUAGUCAUAAUGUAAGCUAAAGUUAUUUUAUGCACAGUUAUGCGUCAUUCCAUUUGAACUUGGAUGUCUGAUUCAGAUUUCUAGUUCCAAGUAGGAAACUUCAACUAAAUUGUUCCCACAAGUUUACUAGAAAAAGACACAGUUUAAAAAAAACAAGAUGACUUAACUGCACGACACACCAACAGUAGUGAAAAAACAGUAGUAUUAUCAACGUUUGUUUUAUAUAUAGGCAAGUCAAUUCACUUACAGGUGCAUCUCAAAAAAAUUGAGAAUCAUUGAAAUAAAAAUUAGUUUAUGUCAGUAAUUCAGUUAAAAAUGUGAAAAUCAUAAAUUAUAUAGAUGUAUUAAACACAGAGUGUGAUCACAGAGUGACCCCAAAAAUCAGUGUCUCAGAAAAUUUGAAUAUUAUAUAAGACCAAUUGGUACUUUUGGCAGUGUGGGCAGUGUGCCAAGUCCUGCUGAAAAAUAAAAUUUAAAACCAGUAAAUUCCAUUUCUCUCCAUCACUGAUCAUCAGUAAAUUUUACAUUUCAUUUGUAAAUUAAGGGAUCAGAGUCUGGAGGAAGAGUGGAGAGACACACAGUCCAAACUGCUUGAGGUCUAGUGUGAAGUUUCCACCAAUCAGUGAUGGUUUGGAGAGACAUGCUGAUCAUCUGCUGGUGUUGAUCCACUGUGUUUUAUUAUCAAGUCUAAAGUCAGUGCAGUUUUGUUUUCCCAAAAAAUCUUACAGCACUUCAUGCUUCCCUCUGCUGACAACUUUUAUGGAGAUGCAGAUUUCAUUUUCCAGCAGGACUCAGGCAAAAGAACCAAUAAGUCUUCUAUAAUAAUAAUCUAAUUUUCUGAGACAGCCAGAUUUAAUUGGCUGAAAUUGGCUGAAAGCCAUAAUCAUCAACAAUAAAAGAAGUAAACUCUUAAAAUAGAUCACCCUGUGUAUCAGUUUCACAUUUUAAACUGAAUUACUGAAAAAAAGUAAUUUUUUAAAUUAUAUUUAAAAAAAAUUUGAGAUGCACCUGUAUAUAUCCCCUAAUUCAAGACCAGCCUCCUAUCUGUUUGACUCCAAAGAGACCAAAUUGAACAAAUCACUUAAAAUAACUACUAAAAGUCACUAAUAAAAUCUGAAAACUCAUCAACUGUUUGUAAUGUUUGGCCCACUAACAAAAAAGAAUAAUCAUUUUCAGCUUGUUAUGGCUACUGCGCUUGUGCAGAUGUCCACAGCGAGGAGGGCCCUGCUAACUCUCCUCCACUCUCCUCACAAGCAGUAAGCUGAUUGGCUGUUUUUGUUAAGGGGCAGAGUGUUUUAUCCUCACAUGGAUGCCAUGAUUAGCGUUAUUCAUUUAGUGGUCGGUCUCCUAAUUAAUAAGCUCUCUGGUGUUAUACAGUGUAUUAGCAUUUCUAUCUAUUAGUGUUUUAUUAAAUCAGUUUUCACACACAGUACUGUUCAACCUCUAUCUGUGGAGAUGAUUCCAUGCUGUUUAAAUGAGUUUAUUACUGUAUAAAGCAUUAUAAAGCAUUAUUAUCAUCAUCUGGAGUCACUAACAAUGCUAACCUGGGACAAUGCUAACAAAGAAAACCUGCUACAUAAAAAGUAAAAUAUGUUUUGUUUGAUUUGACCAUAAAACACGGGUAAAGCAUUGUAAAACCUGCUCCAAAGUCUGAAGUCUUAUCUUGUACUCUUAUACGUUUAACUGGAACGCCGUCAGCUCAGAUCUGGAGUAACUCCCAGCUCCUACAUCCAACAUCUGGAGUAAAUGUGACUCAUUCCCACUAUAAAACAAAAACCUGUAUAUAGUCGAUUACACUGAACCUGUUAUAUAGUUUUAAUGUGAGCACCUGUUGGUACUUGAGAGACUGGAAGUUAUUGAGAGACUGUACAGUGUUGAACACAGUUACUACUGAUGUAUGAAAACAGAAUGAUGUAUUAAGAAAAUGCAAAAAGACAUUUGUUGAAUGUAACUUUCCUUAAUUAGAAUAAAUUUGACCAAACACGUUAACAUAUAUAUAUUUUUUGCCUCCAUUACAUUCCAUUCGUGAACUGAGAAACUGGAAAACACUGAAGAAGCUGGAAAUGGACUGCUGAAAGAGAUUAUAAAAGAGGUUAUAAAAAUCUUAUAUAAUACUCUGCUGUACAUGCUGUUUCUAUGUCUGAGGGGUCAGCAUUUUGUUUAAAUGCCAUAAUAAUAAUAAUAUAAUAAAUUGAUAUACUAUCCCCUA